AUGGGUGGUUUACACACCAUACAGUUUGUUUUCGGGAUUUUCGGAAAUGCCGCUUCUCUGUUUCUCUUUUUGGUACCCACGUAUACAUUCAAGAGGAUCAUCAAGAACAAAUCGACGGAACAAUUCUCUGGCAUACCUUAUGUUAUGGCAUUUUUGAACUGCUUGCUAAGUGCAUGGUAUGGUCUCCCCUUUAUCACAUCAAACGAUAUUCUGAUAACAACCAUCAACGGAGCCGGAGCUGCAAUCGAGUUAAUAUAUGUACUCAUUUUUCUCAUAUAUGCACCCAAUAUUAAACAAAAGAGAAAAAUAUUAGCAAUCUUCGUUUUAGUCCUCGUCGCUUUUGCUUCCACAGCGGUUAUCUCUCUGCUUAUUUUUCAUGGAAAAAAUAGGAAGUUGUUCUGUGGUAUGCUUGCCUCCAUAUUCUCCAUUGUUAUGUAUGCAUCUCCUUUGUCUAUUAUUAGACUAGUAAUCAGGACCAAAAGCGUAGAGUACAUGCCAUUCUUCCUUUCAUUAGCUGUCGUCAUAUCUUGCACUAGCUGGUUUAUUUAUGCUAUGCUGGGAAUGGAUCCAUUUAUUGGCAUCUCAACAGGUAUUGGCUUGGUUUUAGGAGUAGUGCAAUUGAUUUUAUACUUCAUUUACCGUGACAAGAAGACAUCAACCGCUGCUGAUGAGUCCUAG